AUGACAACUUCUGAAAUGCAAAACUAUCAGGAAGGUAAAAUAAAGUGGAAUUCCUUGAAAAUAGAAAAUAUACUGCAAGGUGUGGUUGAGUCUACUACUAUAAGAAGACCAUCUCUUUCGAAUGAUGAUGGAAAAACAGGUCGGAAGAGGGAAGUUGAAAAGAAAGCAGAGCCGAUCAAAAAGAAGCCUCGUACGGAAGCAGACGACUUGGACGUCACAAGUGAAAGUGCUAAGAGAUUAAGCGUAGCAGCUGUUGUCAUUGUCUUAAUAAGCUUUCCGUUGCUUUCAUGGUAUUUUGAUAUACCUUGUUUUAUCUAA